GAGAAUUUGAACUAAAUAAAUAUAUACCAAAGACUGUCCGAAUGAAUUUACGAAAUGUAAGACUUAAGAGCCUUCUCCGACGGAGAUCAAUUUACACAUCCAAACGGUACUCUUCUACAAACGUUGAAGAAACCAGUGUGAAACAUUUGUGUAAACAUUUAAGUUUAUCAGAAAGCAACGUACAAUACAUCUGUUUAAAAUAUCCUGUGUUACGGAAUAUAAAUGAAGCCAAAGUACAAGAUUUAGUGAAUACUGUUCGAGAACUCGGAUUUGAUAAAAAUGUACUUAUUGAAGAGCCUUCAUUGUUUAGUAUUUUACCUCAAACAUUACGCCUUAGAUACCAAGUUCUAGACGAAUGCGGAAUACAAACAAUUAAUAAAUCACACCUACUUUCAUAUUUAACUUUAGUCAAACAUAAAACAGUAUAUGAAUUAAAAAAAUCAAAUGACAUCCCAUUUCAUAUUAAUGUUGAGAAUAGACUUGCUGGUUAUAUGACACAGUGGCCUACAUCACUAACUACGUUAAUUUUAGGAGAUGUUAAUAACUAUAACCUGUAUGAUUUACGUCUUAAAAUAUUACAGAGGUAUUUAGAGUUAGUUCUGGAUUUGACAAACAAUGAAUUUGAUAGAGGAUUACAAACAUACCCAACAAUUCGACACAGACCAUUGAAAUUUAUAAAUAAAACUUUAUCAAUACUAAAAUCAGAAAUUAUGAUGCCAAUUAACAAAAUUAAAAGCAACUUAUAUUUAAUACAUGUUGACCCUGAAAACCUGAAGGACAUUAUGUAUAAUCUACAAUCCUUAGGAGGUUUAGAUAUAAAAGAGGUUAUAAGAAGUCAUCCGAAGUUGGCCACUAAGAGAUGUUCUACAAUGAUGGAAAUGAAAAAAUUAUUAAAUGAAUAUGGAAUUGAUAAUGAAGCACAAAGAAGAUGCUUUGAUAUAUAUACAUUAGCACCGAGUACUGUGAGAGAAAGGUUAGAGAAUGCCAAAAGUAUACCAGAAUUUAACACCUUUCUGAAUCACCCUAGAUUUUUGAAAAUGAUUCAUUACAAUAAAACAGCUUUAAAUAGACUUCGUAAAUCAUUUGAAAAUAAUAAGAAAUGUCUAAGUCUGAACAUUUUAUCAGGAAGCUCCGCACAUUAUGAAGUUUUUGAGAAAUCUCCAGGUGACCGUUUGGGUAAAGGUAAAGACCUUUUAUUCUGUGUAUCACAAUCACUUGGUAAAAACUAUGGAAUGAAUGAGAUCCGUAGAAUUUUAAAGAGACAUCCAUUUUGGAUAAACGUUCCAUUAGUACAAGUGCAAUAUGUCUGUGAAAAGUUAUCAAAAGAAUUUAGCCACGAGGAUAUUUAUUUUAAUUGCCCUAUUAUUCUGUAUCCAUGGGAUAAAAUAAGAGAUGCAUUAAAGUCUUUGAAAACGGCAGUGCAUUCAAAUUUGGACCAUCUAGAUUUUAAUAGAUUAGGAAAUCGUCAAAAGUUAAGUCUUGUACUUUAUGCUUUAGAGAAGAAACACUAUUUUUCUGGAAAUGGCGUAUGGGCUGAAGACAAAACCAGGAACAUAAUUUGUCCAUUAAAUAAAGAAAAUAUAAAACAAUCUGUCCCUAUUUAGCAGAGCUGGCGUUAAUGAUUAAUUAAUUGGCAAUGAGAAGACUUUUUUUUUUUUUCGGGUAGAGGGCCGAACCUCCUACGAGGUCCCCGCGCAAAAGGG